UACAAAGACAGUUUGAAACAUAAAUGUUAUGAGUACAGACCUGUGAGUACCUGUAACAGUAGUACAAGUACUACUAACCUGGUAAAAAUGAGUAGCCCUCAAACAUUUGCAGUAUGUGCAGUACUACUGCCAGCCACAGUUCAGGUCAGAAUAUUGUGUUUUUAUCCUGAACAUUUUACAGAAUUGUAUUAAGCUGACUGAAGUUGUAACUACCAGCCCAGUUUAACCAGUCUAACCAGUCUUUUAUCAGAUAGGAAACAAACCUCUGACAUUAUCGGUCCCUUGAAAUCAAAAUAAAUCCUGUGUCUCUGAGCUCGUCCCAUCACAGCUGCGUUUCCCUGCAUCACAGUGGAACAACGUCCCUUCACCUCAGUGCUGGGUCAUUGUUGCUACAGGAGCCCUUCUUAGGUGGGUGUGUUUCUACCUGUGACCAGCAGGUGGUUGUACUCAGGCUCAGGUGUCCUGUUCGUGUCCGCUCACAGCUGUGCUUCUGCAUCGUGUGCAACAUCUGGUUCGUCUGAGCUGAAAGGAAACGAGUGGUGAAGCUGUAGCAGCAACAGGUGAGCUGUGUUCACCUGGUGGCUCUGUCUGAAGGUCUGGACUCUCACUCUUCUUCACAGUGUCCAACCAGACUACAGCGAGUUUAAUAAUGGUAUGUUCCUGAAUUUACACAUUUCCCUUUGGAGCUACAGUGAAUUCAUCCUAUGGAUCCGCUGUUUCUCCAGAGUUGUGCUGCUCUGGCUGCUGUCGCUUCAGGGCUUCGUUGACAUGUCAGUCACCAUUGGUUGUUUGGUGUAACAAAAACUGGGAACACUGGGUUUUAGGACAAACCAAGACCGUUCCAGUAAUGAUGCUCCUGGACCAGCUCUGAAAACCUUUAAGAGCGGGUCCUCCAGCAGCAGGCGGCGCUGUCGCCCCCUGUUUGGCGUUGCCAUGGAAACGUAGCACGACCGUCUGUUGUGCGUGGUGUUUUAGCAGCAGCUCGUCGGUCGUACCUGUAAGAAACCUGAAGGUAUCGUCACCUGAAGAUGCUGCUCAGCCGGCGGAGCAGAGGUCAGGAGGUCACGGGACCGACGCCGCACUCGGUGGCCGCGAGAGCGAAGCUCCCGUUGUCACGGCCCGCAGACCACCUGACCCUGGAGAGACAGAAACAGGACGCCACCAGAGACGAGGUCCUGGAGUUCACCAGGUACCAGCAGACCUGUGACAUCAAGAACUCCUGGCUGCAGAGCUCAGAGCGUCACUUCCUGAGAAGAGCGGACCAGAGGCAUGUCCUAGCUGCUGUGAGACAGCACGAGUCCGGCGUCGAGGAGCGGAAGGACAGGUUUCCUCUUUGUCUUUUUUUGUUCCAGGGUGGGAGGAGGCUGAGCACACUCCCUCACUUAAGGACACUUCUCAGCUACUUGGUUCAGUUUUCUGCUGCGUUGUACUUGUUCUCCAGCUCAGAGGGAAACCGUGUACUUUUUACUGCACCACAUUUAUUUAACCGCUGUCCUUACUGGCUCCUUAAAAAAGCCAAGAUGAGAGAGAAGCCCAAAGCUCUGAGAGGGAGGAGAGAGAGCGAGCGGCAGCAGCUGGUCUCAGACAAGCUGGAACAGCUGUUCAGGGAGCAGUGUGAGGAGCUGCGGACCGUGGAGAGCAGGCGCUGCGAGCAGCAGGUGAGCGUGGAGCGAGCGGCUCAGGUGAGGAGCCAGCGGGAGCGGCGGCAGCUGCAGCGGCAGGAGGACCAGCUGUUUGACGAGCUGUGGGAGGCCGACCGCCGAGCCAAAGAGGAGCAGGAGGACCACCGAGCGCAGAGGCAGGAGCCGAGGAAACUGGUCCUGAAGGCCCAGAUGGAGGCGACCGAGCUGCAGAGAGUCGAGGAGAAGGAGCUGAGGGAGGAGGAGGCCCGCCUCACGCUGCAGCAGCAGGAGGUGCAGCGCCUGCAGAAGCAGCGAGAGCAGCUACACAAGCUGCAGACUCAGCAGGCCACCCGGCGGCAGCUGGACCGGGGUUUCCGGCUGAAGAUGCAGCGUCUGGCCCGAGAGCAGCAGGAAGAGCUGCAGCUGGACAUGAGCAUCCUGCAGCAGCUGCUCCAGCAGGAAACUGACCAGAGGCAGGAAGCUGCUCAGAGGAAGGUGGAGCUGCGUGAGGAGCAGCAGAGGUACCGACAGUAUCUGUCUGAGGAGCUGCAAAAGCAGAGGAGAGAGGAGGAGGAGACGGAGCAGCUGAUGGAGGAGAAACUGAAGGAGACCUGGACCAAGAGAGAGGAGCAGAGCCGCCUGCAGCGAGAGGCCAGAAACCAGCUGAUGAACGAGGUGAUGGAGGCUCGACACCUGCAGAUCCAGCACAAACUGGAGCUGAACAUGCAGAAGCGAGCGGAGCUGGCCAGAGAGAGGGAGGAGCUGAACAGACUGGUGGAGGAGAGCAGAGUGAAGGACGAGGAGGAGAAGAGACGGCAGAGGAGGACCUGUGAGGCCUACCAGGCAGACCUCAGAGCCCAGAUCAGGCACCGGCAGCAGCUCCGCAGCGAGGACAGAGCUCAGGCUCAGAGGGAGAUUCAGCAGGGUCUGAUCCUGCAGCAGCUCUACGACCAGAAGAAAGACGAGAUCCUGUCCAGACCCACGUCUCACACUGUUGCCCCCCAUCCGUUCAGGAGAGCACAGGGAUCCAGGUCUGCCCCCCAGCACAGACUCACAUAGUCCACCUGCACAGGGAAGAGUCCUCCUCACACAACCACCUGAAUCUAAAGACAAAUAAAAGUCUGUUUACACUGUG